AUGACCGACCUAUAUACAUAUUCACUCCUUUGUUGCGACUGUACACUUUGUGGUAUCAAGUUGGAUCAAGUUGAUCCUUACGACCUUGACGAUGAAAUAUACGCUGAAUCACCGCCUCGCUGGUAUCCCGAAUUAUGGAAACAGGAUAAUGUCGUCCUGUCAAGCUUGUCCUACUUCGAGCGCCCAAAUCCUUUUAGUGCCAUAUCAGAUGAUUCCAUUGGCUGCGAUCCGGUUUAUGAGGAUACCGACGAAAGAGGUGCGUUCAGGCAGGUCGUAUUGCGACUCAACUCUCCGCCUUUCGAAAUCAUUCAUCCUCAGCGCCCAAACUGGUAUUGCAAUUCUCUCGACCCCAAGCUCUACUUUAUCGUACUGCAUGCUCCUUGCUUGCGCAUCGCUAAGCUGGCCAUGCAACUUUCCAAAACUGCCCACGUUCGCACACUUGGUGAUCUAUGGUUGACACUUGAACGACGCACUGAAAAUGUCGAGCAACUUGAAAAUAAACCGACACCUCUUCCCGUCCCAUUCAUACCAGCAAUUCCAGAGGACCCUCCUCAAUCCCGUCCAGUGACUGGACCUGUGAAGCUUGGUUUAAGCCGGUAUUUUGUUGACCCAAAACGAGUCCUCGGUGCAGUGGAUGACGAUGAUUGGGAUGAAGAAGUUCAUGGCCCGCCCCUUACAGAUCGCUGGUGGAACUCGGACCCGGAACAUAUUCCCAACCUAACGCAUAGUCUCCUUUCAAACCUCGACGAGUAUAAGCCAACGCCAAACCCCUUGCCCGGUUUCAUCGACUAUUUCGAGGCACUACCUCAAGAGAUCAAGGAUCGCAUACUGGAAUUUCUUCCAUAUGACAUUCCUCUCGAAUGCACAUACUUGUUAAAUCAGUCCCACUGGUUCGCUCUACUUUUGCAAACUCCGUUCCUAUGGGACCUCGACCUGGCCAUGGUUCACGCUAAGCUCGGUGGUGAUACAUCAGGUGGCCUAGAGAUUGCUAAGCAGUACGACUGGGAAAGGCUUACGCGACAAGUGCUGACACCGAUGGAUCUAGUCGAUCCAGAUGUGAUGCCACCUUUACCUAGCACCUAUGCUCGAGUUGGGCUGGUGGUUCCGCCCGGCUUGCAGAACCGACGACGCAUUUGGCAAAUAGUUGAAGAAAUGCAAGUAAAUGACGUCCGCAUGAAACCAGGACGGGGGCGGUUUUAG